GAUGGUCACCAUGCUAGAUAUCCUGUCCUAUAUCGCUGGAGAUGAUGAUCAUGAUCAGAUGAACGGCACCGGCGAUGUGUCUGAUAUUGAUGUGAAGAUGGCGGUCCCAGUUUCGUCCAUCAUAGGGCACUGCCUUGAAAUUUGUUAGAUUGCAUGGAACUGUUUAGCAAAGGAAUCCACCGGGCUUUGGUACCACUGGACAGCCACAUGGAAAACAUAUCGGGAGUGGAACUUGUCGAGUCUGCAUCGAGCUAUCAAAUGCUUACACAAAUGGACUUGUUAAUGUUCUUGAAGGAACAUGCAUCUGACAUACAAGGUAUCAUUUCGCGCACAGUGAGAGAAUCGGGAGCGGUUACUGCGAAUGUUUUUGCCAUCACGGAGCGCACAACAGUCAUUGAAGCCAUCAAGUGCAUGAGGGCUGCUAUGCUUAAUGCUGUUCCUAUAAUCAGAGCCUCCACUGAUGCUCUUGCUCAUGAAGAUCAUAAGCAGCUUAAAAAUGGCAAGGGUAGGAAACUAGUAGGUACAUUUUCCGCAACAGAUUUGAGGGGUUGCCAUCUCGCCACGCUGCAAUCAUGGUUGCCUUUGAGCGCACUAGACUUUACCGAGAGCGUCUUAAAAAGCCCUUUAUAUGAAGCUUCGGAUUCACCAAGGGAACUUGUUACUUGCGUAGCCGAAUCAUCCCUCGCAGAGCUGAUUGACAAAGCAGUAACCAAACAUGUGCACCGUGUUUGGGUCGUGGACCAACAUGGUUUACUUGUCGGACUUGUUUCACUCACAGACAUGAUUAGAGUGCUAAGGCUUGCUCUGCUCUCACAUUCCCAGGCGAUGUGAGAGGCUUUCGUGGUUUCUAUUUUGGACUCUUCAUCUUAAGUUAUUGUUAACUACCUUUGGCAAGCUGGAUGUUGUACUCUCACGUCGAUUAGUGUGAAAAUCAGGGACCCAGAAUCUUGAGAGUUGUGCCAACUCGACAAAUUGGCAGUGAUGACGGCAUAAUAUUUGUUUUCUAGCUAACCAAACAAGUUUUUUCUGUUUUUCAGUGUAAUGUUGUUAUGUUCGAAAACUUAUUUAUAGACGAAUCCAUUAUGACA